UGCCACGCCCCCUCACCUCUCACGCGCUCAGUCUGGGUCUCCUCUCUGCGCCUUCCACUUCUGCCGCUCCUCUCUUCCGCGACCAUGCCAGGCCUGUUACUAGGAGACGAAGCGCCCAACUUCCAGGCCGAGACCACGCAGGGUCCCAUCCGCUUCCACGAAUUCCUGGGCAACUCAUGGGGAAUCCUUUUCUCUCAUCCACGGGAUUUUACACCAGUGUGCACAACAGAACUUGGACGAGCAGCAAAACUGGCACCGGAAUUUGCAAAGCGUAACAUUAAAAUGAUAGCGCUCUCUAUUGACGAUGUCAAAGACCACCUUUCUUGGAGCAAGGAUAUCAAUGCCUACAAUGGUGAUGAGGCCACAGAGAAGCUUCCUUUUCCAAUAAUUGCUGAUUCAAAGCGAGAGCUUGCAGUCCAGCUAGGAAUGCUGGACCCAGAUGAGAAAGACAAAGAUGGCAUACCACUGACAGCUCGUGUUGUGUUUGUUUUUGGUCCAGACAAGAAACUCAAACUCUCAAUCCUCUACCCAGCAACAACUGGCAGAAACUUUGAUGAAAUUCUAAGAGUAGUUGACUCUCUCCAGCUAACUGCCACUAAGAAGGUUGCUACUCCUGUUGACUGGAAGCCUGGGAAUGAAGUCAUGGUAAUUCCCUCUCUACCAGACGAAGAGGCCAAAAAGUUGUUUCCAGGAGGAUUUUGUGCCAAAAAACUACCAUCUGGCAAGAAUUACCUUCGUUACACUCCUCAUCCUCAGUAAUAACUAUGAAGAAAAAGCAAGCGAGCCAGAAAGAUGAUCACGGGGACUUCAUAGAAGAGAUUGCUUUAAUUGUCUUGUGUGGAGGGUUGGAAUAACUAUUGCGAAGAACAGACCAGUUUGUUUUCUUUAGAUGCUCUUUUAAGUUACAAUGAUUGUUUUUGGUCUUGUUCAUAAUCUCAACGAAUGUAGACCUGUUCUGUUCAGAUGUGUGAUCACCUAUCUUGAAUAUUUCAGGAGCCAAGUCCGUAGCACUGCACCAAUAUAGAAUUAAUCUGUUUUAAAUUAAUCAACUAGAAACCACAUACGUAAAUACAAUCAAAAAUUUAAACAAGGGGCAAUAAAGAGGAGAUAAUUUCUUAUGCUGCUGUGUGUAAAAAAAUCUCACAUAUUUCUUCAGAUAACUGCACAUUUGUUGUAAUGGCUGUCAUGAUCACGUGAAGCCAGAUUUUGUGGAUCUUAUCCAUAAGUAUGAAUAGCUAGUUUCCACAGCUGAAGUUUGUUCCAGAGGUGAUGUGCCUUUAUUUCAAAUUAUUCUAUUAUUCUAACCAAAUGCCUGAUUCAAAUAUGCUCCUGUUGAAUUAUGGAAGUGGGACAGAUAGCAUUUGCAAAUUUCUGCUUAGUUUCUUAUACAUAAAAAUAAAAUUAUUCACUAAAAA